AUGUCUUUACGGUCUUGGAGCAUCGCAACGCGCCGGAGUUGCACUGCUCCGCUACCAUCACCCACUCCACCACAUCCCGCCAAAGAAUCCUCCCCGGGAGGUCCCCACGAGGACAUUACAAGCUUCCUGAUCGGGCGCACUUGUCUUCGAAUCAGUACAGGGGCAUCUGCUAUGCCUUCCACGUUCAGAGCCUCGCGCUCAGGGCGACACCUCGAUGGCGCCCCAAACCGUACCAGAACCGGCCAAAUCGAUCACGAUGUCUUUGAGGGAUUGCCAGUACGUCGCUGGUCCCGACAGCAGCACACCCUCUCUCAAGCGCCCAAACCCGAUGACUCGGAAUUCGGCGUUCAAGGUCCAGGCGGAGGACCAACGCUACCAGAGCUUCCAAUGCCAAGAGACAGCCAGCUCUUGCCGCCAAUCAGUCGCGCACUCCUUCGAGCAGCCCGUGCCGGAUGUAUCCAUAUCCGUCAAGGCAGCCGAGCAGCCGAUGACGAGGAGAAAAGCGUAGCGGAUGCGGAGGAUUCGGCCUCGGCAUCCCAUAUGGCCGAUCGGAGCUUCACCACUCGCAAAUGGAUGACGCUUCCCAAGCACCUCGAGCCUGCGGAGGUGGAAUUUCUGGCAAAAAGGAGACCUGGUCUUUCAUCCCUUUAUGGCGCCAGUGCUGUUACAGAUGGAACCUCCGCUUCUGGGGCCAUGAGGAGGACGAAAUUCAAGAAAGUUGAUCCUGAAACAGGCAACAUCUCUAUCUACGAGGCGUGGGUGCCCGAGGGCCAUCGCAUUGAAGGAGAAGUUACUGGUGACUUACAGACGAUUGCCGAGCAGAGCCAAGUGCCUGUGAAGCCUGAGGCGCCUGCACCUGGAACAGUCGUCGAGGGGGUCGGCAUUGUCAAUGCUGAGGGUGUUGUUGUUGCGGAGGCUGGAUCAGCAGCUGUAAUGACACCUCCAAAGCGACGUCCACCUCCACCCAAAAGAAAGGGCAGGGGCAUUGGAAAAGGCCGGAAGAAGAAGGUCAUGUUUGCGCCUGGCGAAGGAGCUGAUGCCGCGACAGUACAUGGAGUUGGCCCUGCUACUGGCAAUGAGGAGGAUGGCGUCAAGAGAGAAGGCCAACAGGAUGCUUCACACAUGUCCAUUGACCAGGCUGGUCAAGAUGAAGACGAUGAAGACGGCGACGAAGGCGAUGAGAGCGACGAGGCUGACGAUUCCAUGAUGGACGCGAAGACUCCUGAUACCCCGCAGCCUCUGUCUGGUACAGAGUUCGUGGAUCAGACUUCUUUCGAAACUCCUGCCGAGCAGUCAGUUGAUGUCGACAUGUCAGAUGCCGUUCCUGAAAACCAGCCUCCUGCCCCCGAGAUUUCUUCAUUAACCGAAAUGGAGAAGCAAAACCAGCCCGAAAAGACCUCAGAGGUGGAUUUCGGCGUCCUGGCUUCCAAUGUUCCUUCAGAGAAGGCUGAGGUCGCCGAUUCAAGUGAAAAGCUUGUCAUUUCGGAGUAUGACGAGACUCCAACUCCCCCGGCCGGAACUGCCGUAACGACAAGUGAACCCACCGAGCUUUCAGCUGCAGUUUGCGAAGCUCGAAGCUCAGAUACCAAGGUGCAAGAGGAAGAGGAAGCCACAGAGCCGACAGCUAACCUUGCACCAAAAGAAGAACCCGCUAUCCCAAGCCAGCAAGAAAACGCGACAGUCCUGCCUCCUGUCAGCCCCGAAAAAUCCUCAGAAACCCCAGUAGCACGACCUUCGACCCAAUUGCAGACACUUGAGCAUCCAGAGCCCGAGCAGACCGCAGUGGCCACUGAUGCCUCAGCAGAGACCCAGGAACCUCAACAGAUUCCAAACGAGUCCAUUUCCCAUCCCGACACACAAGAAAAGCCCUCGAUAGCUACCGAGCCCGAACAACCACAACCCUCUGAUGGUUCCAUGCCCAGUCUACACCCAGAAGAAGCAAAAGAUGUCGAGAUGGGAGAUUCGCCAGCACCGGAACCAAGCCAAGGGCCAGAUGUCCAGUCUCCCGCGAAGCCAGAUUUGCCUCAAGCAUCACCAAUUGCAGAGGAUCCACAGCCCGAGCCCACUCCAGCGGAGUCCACUACAGCUGCUGCCGCAGACCACAGUCUACUAGAAACCAACAUCGCAGACGAAAGGACAGAAGCAACAACCGAAACAAGUGUCCCUGAUCAAAGUGUCGCCACCGAAGCAGAGCCGCAACAAGAUUCUCGGUCUAGCGAAGCUAAGGAAACCAAUGACGAACUCGAGAAGCUCCCAGAUACGGUCCCACAGGCUGGUUCGUCUGAGUCUACAUGA